CUGCCCUGCGGCCGGGCUGAGCCGAGCGGAGAGGAGGCGAGCAGGCAGCGAGGAGGCGGAGGGGCGCCGAGGAGGCGACGCGGCCCCCGCCGGGCACCAUGGCCGGGCUCAUCAAGAAGCAGAUCCUCAAGCACCUCUCCAGAUUUACCAAAAAUUUAUCUCCUGACAAGAUAAAUCUCAGCACCCUUAAAGGAGAAGGUGAACUAAAGAAUUUGGAGUUGGAUGAAGAAGUGCUCCAGAAUAUGUUGGAUUUGCCAACCUGGCUUGCUAUCAACAAAGUUUCUUGUAAUAAAGCUUCAAUUAGGAUUCCAUGGACAAAAUUGAAAACACAGCCCAUCUGUUUGUCCUUGGAUAACGUAAUAAUGGAAAUGAGUACGUGUGAAGAACCACGAGCACCUAAUGGCCCAUCGCCAAUUGCAACUGCUUCAGGACAAAGUGAAUAUGGCUUUGCUGAAAAAGUAGUUGAAGGAAUUACUGUUUCUGUGAAUUCCAUUGUGAUUCGGAUGAAAGCAAAAGCCUUUAAUGCAUCCUUUGAACUUUCCCAGCUAAGGAUCUAUAGUGUAAAUGCAAAGUGGGAACAUGGUGAUUUAAGAUUUACUCGUAUUCAAGAUCCUCAGAGAGGAGAGGUCUUAACAUUUAAAGAAAUAAAUUGGCAGAUGAUUCGAAUAGAGGCGGAUGCUACCCAAAGUUCACAUCUUGAAAUUAUGUGUGCUCCUGUUCGAUUGAUAACCAAUCAAUCAAAAAUCAGAGUCACACUUAAAAGAAGAUUAAAGGACUGCAAUGUCAUAGCAACCAAGUUAGUCCUAAUAUUGGAUGAUUUACUAUGGGUUUUAACGGAUUCCCAACUGAAAGCUAUGGUACAAUAUGCAAAAUCUCUUAGUGAAGCAAUAGAGAAAUCAACGGAACAAAGAAAGAGUAUGGCUCCUGAACCUUCACAGAGUGCUACAGUAAUCCACUCUACACAGCAAGUGAAGACACCACAGACUACAAAUGCUGCUGAUCUGAAUGACUCAAUUAUGAAACUAUUCAAUGAAUAUGAUGUUAAAGAAACGUCCCAUCAUUUAGUGGUGUCUCAUCUCGAUCUGCAUAUAUGUGAUGAUAUUCAUGCUAAAGAAAAAGAGUCAAAUAGACGGAUUACUGGAGGGGCUAUGCAGCUUUCUUUCUCCCAGUUAGCUAUAGAUUAUUAUCCUUACCACAAAGCAGGUGAUAGUUGUAAUCAUUGGGUGUGUUUUAGUGAUGCAACCAAAACAAAAAAUGGAUGGGCCAAUGAAUUGUUACAUGAAUUUGAGUGCAAUGUUGAAAUGCUUAAACAGGCUGUAAAGGAUCAUAAUGUAGGUUCGCCUCCUAAGUCUCCAACACAGGCCUCUCCCCAGCACACACGAACAGAGAAAAAUUCAGAUCUGAAAAGGACACCUGGAGCACCUUCAGUAUUAUCUCAACAAUUCAAAACUAAAUUAAUGUCCUGCUCUGUUGUGGUUAGACUUGCAGAUUUCAAUAUAUACCAGGUUUCUACAGCUGACCAAUGUCGUUCUUCCCCCAAAACUAUGAUUUCUUGCAAUAAAAAAUCCUUGUAUCUUCCACAAGAAAUGUCUGCUGUCUACAUAGAAUUUACAGAAUAUUAUUAUCCAGAUGGAAAGGAUUUUCCAACUCCAUCUCCAAACCUUUAUAGCCAGCUGAAUGCACUACAGUUUACUGUGGAUGAAAGAAGUAUUCUAUGGUUAAAUCAAUUUCUCUUGGAUUUAAAACAAAGUCUUAAUCAGUUUAUGACUGUAUACAAGUUGAAUGACAAUUCAAAAUCUGAUGAGCAUGUUGAUGUUCGAGUUGAUGGUUUAAUGCUAAAGUUUGUCAUUCCUUCUGAAAUGAAAUCCGAAUGUCACAAAGAUCAGCCACGAGCAAUUUCUAUUCAGAGUUCUGAAAUAAUUGCCACAAAUACAAGACAUUGUCCCAAUUGUCGGCAUUCCGAUUUAGAAGCUUUAUUUCAAGAUUUCAAAGAGUGUGAUUUUUUUAGUAAAACAUAUACCUGCUUUCCGAAAUCUUGUGACAGUUUUAAUCUUCUGCAUCCAAUCUUCCAGAGACAUGCUCAUGAACAGGAUACCAAAAUGCAUGAAGUUUAUAAAGGGAAUAUCAUUCCCAAGUUGAAUAAACACACUCUUAAAACUUCUGCUGCCGCAGAUGUUUGGGCUGUGUACUUUUCCCAGUUUUGGAUAGACUAUGAAGGCACAAAGAGUGGAAAGGGGCGACCAGUCAGUUUCAUUGACUCUUUUCCUCUUUCCAUCUGGAUUUGUCAACCAACCAAGUAUGCAGUAUCACAGGAAGAGCUUCAGACUUGUAAUCAAAUAUCUCUGAAUACAUCUCAGAGUGAAUCGAGUGGUCUGUCUGGUCGACUGAAGAGAAAAAAGCUCUUGAAAGAAUACUAUAGCACAGAAUCUGAGCCCCUGACAAAUGAGAGUGAUAAACUUUCAGAUGCUUUUUUAAGAUUUUCCUCUUCUUCCUCAGAUGCAGAUAUUCAUGUCCUGGUUCAAAUCCAUAAGCAUGUCAGUAUGCAGAUCAAUCACUACCAGUAUUUGCUCCUGCUUUAUCUCCAUGAAUCCCUCAUUCUGCUUUUAGAGAACUUAAGGAACGAUGUAGAAGCUGUGACUGGCAGUCCUGCUAGCCAGACAUCCAUUUGCAUUGGACUUUUACUUAAAAGUGCAGAAGUAGCUCUUUUAUUACAUCCAGUGGGUUAUGCAAAUACUCUCAAAUCUCCUGAAAAUGUGAGCCCAAUAGCUCCUGAAUAUUUGCCUACAGAAAAUGGAGAACUUUUGACUUCAAAAAGAAAACAAGUUGCAAGUGUUAUAAAUCAAAUUAGAAGUGUAACUGCCAACCAUAUGUCAGACAACAGAUCAAUGAGUGUUGACCUUAGCCAUGCCCCUUUGAAGGAUCCUUUACUUUUGAAAUCAGCUAGUGAUACAAAUCUGCAAAAAGGUACUUUUCUAUACUUAUCAGAUAAAAAUUUAGGAAAAAUAAGAGAAGAUGAAAGUAGUGGGAAUAUUUUCAAACAUGACUCAGAAACAGUAACAGAGAUAAAUAUUAAGGAUUCAGUUUUUACAGAUUCAAAUACUAUCUCCAGCAACAAAGAAGAUUCAAGUGUGCUGUCUUUUGAUGAUGACUAUCAAGACGUACUUCAUUUAACUGGUAAAGGAAAUGAAGCCAUAGAGCCCAUUCUUAAGGCUGAAGAUUUGCUUUCAGAAACAUUAUCACUCACCGAGAAUCCUGAAACCAGUAAAGAAGAAGUGCCUAUGGUUAGGACAUUAAUAUCACAAUCAUUUUUAAGCAGUGAAAAGCCUAAGAAGCAUUGCCCACCCAAUGUGACUCCAUUUUAUCCUAAUAAGAACAUGAAAAGAAGUUCCUCACAUAUCUCAUUGGAUACCAUUUCACUUGAUAACAUGAUUUUGGAAGAACAGCUUCUAGAAAGUGAUGGAAGUGAUAGUCACAGAUGUUUGGAAAAAGGCAUUAAAAAGAACUCAACUACAAAUUCCACUUUCCAGAACACAGCAGAGAGUGCGAAUUACAGUGUAAACAGAAUGAAUUUUGGUGAAAACUCUCCAGAUGACAUUAGUAUCAAUUCAGAGAGUGCUCCAGAAAAUCAUGAUGAUUUGAUGUCAGUUGUUGUGUUCAAAAUUCAUGGUGUUAAUGGGGAAAUUGACAUCCGAGGGGAAGAUACUGAAAUCUGUCUUCAAGUGGACCAAGUGACACCAGAUCAGUUAGGCAAUAUCAGCCUCCGUCAUUACCUUAGUAAUCGUCCAGUAGGUUCAGAUCAUAGGACUGUGACUCAUUCUAAAUCUUCUCCUGAGAUUACUCUGAGAUUUGAAAGUGGGCCUGGUGCUGUAAUACACUCUGUACUUGCAGAAAAAAAUGGAUUUCUGCAAUGCCAUAUAGAAAACUUGAGCACUGAGUUUCUUACAUCUUCUCUUAUAAAUAUUCAACAUUUUUUAGAAGAUGAGACUGUUGCAGCAAUGAUGCCAAUGAAAAUACAAGUUUCUAACACAAAAAUACAUUUAAAAGAUGACAGCCCUCGGAGUAAUACAGUAUCUAUUGAACCAGCUCCUGUAACCUUCCAUAUCGACCAUAUUGUGGUAGAGAGAAAUGACGAUGGCUCUUUUCAUAUCAGAGAUUCUCAAAUGCUUCACGGAAAUGAGUUGAAAGAAAAUGUUAAAAGUGAUUCAGUAUUGCUGACUGUUGGGAAGAAACAGCAUAGUGUCACUCAAGCUACUCAGACAAGCCCAGAAGUUCCUUGGCCUUCUCAGACAGAUUUUCCUGAGUCCUUUGCAUUUACUAGGGAACAGCUCAUAGAAGAGAAUGAAUAUCUUAAACAGGAGUUGGCUAAAGCUAAAAUGGCUCUUGCAGAGGCUCAUGUGGAGAAAGAUGCCCUACUUCAUCAUAUAAAGAAGAUGACAGUUGAAUAGCAGGAAGAGGGAGUCAACAACUCAGAUUAUAAAUGCUCUAUACUAUGGAGGCAUUAUUAAUUGGAGUAAGACUUUUCUUUUCAUGAAAUGACAACAAAAUGCAAUGGAAUAGAAUGAUAUGGUGACUAUUACCAAGCCAGUUUAGAAAAUUUUAGAUUGUAGCCAUCACAGUUUUCUGGUUGAUGAAGUGUUUUUUGACUUAUCCUUCUUUUAAACUGGUGUGAUAUGGGGGAAGAUAGCAUAUAUUAUAAAAUAAGUACAUGCCUCAUGUAAAGAAGAUAUCUUUUCCUUAUUUUGAUAAUCAUACUAUGAGCAUUUUUGAAUUGCAAAAAUGAGAAUCUGUUAUGUUUUCACAGAUUGUGGAAUUUAUCACUGUUAAUAAUUAGUUUUAUUUACAAAAAUUGAGAUGCUUUUAGGAUUAUUGUAAAAAUAAAAGAAUGCUUACAUUUUAAAUGUUAUUUAAAUUAUGUACUUAAAUCUAUAAUUAUUGCAAAGAGUCCAUUGAAAAUAAUAAAUUAGAAAUGUUGGGUUUGAAAAGUCUGAAAAAUCACCCACUUGAAUUAUAAAGUAAUUUGAAAAUGU